UUUAUUGUGAAAAUGAAAUUCUCAGGAUUGGUAUUUUUUAGUCUAUUAAUUUCCACCCAGCAAGAGAACCUAGAACAAUGUGAGAGGGAUGGUGUAUUGUGUGAUGGAGGAGGAGGAGGAGGAGGGGUGCUUCUUGAUGAAACUCUCUACGAAGCAUAUGAAUUUAAAAAAAUGACGAGCAGAGAAGAUUUUCUAAUAAGAGAAAAACUCGACAAAAUCGACGAAAUAAAAUCAGGGGAUCCUGCCGGGGCUCUGAAGAAAGUCCAGGCGUUGUUAAAAAUCUACCCUGAUUCCCCUAGAGCCCUAAACUCCUUAGCUAGGAUUUAUCGUAUUUUAUACAACAAGCUUAGUAAAGAGAACAAGGAGAUUGGAAGGAUUGAAUAUUUAAACAAACUCAAGGAUAUUGUUAUCAAGAUUGUCAAAAUGCCAAGUUCUAAGCUUCCUAUAGAGCUUUUUAAAUCCGUGGCAGAUUUCGGGGUAGCGAACUCUCAAGCACUGGGAGAAAGGGACUGGACAAUAAUGCUCGUGGAAGAAUUAGUUUUUGGUCCUCGAAACCCUGAACUAGAUGCUGAAGAUAAAGAGUUCUACUUUCAAACUUUACUAGACGAGAAGUUUUGCAGUGGCGACAUAUCAGCAGUGAAGCAGUUAAUCAUUGAUAUAACUAAGAAUGGAACAACACCUAGUAUGUCUAUGAGGUUCCUUAUGGGAAUAAUAACCAGGAUUGAGGAGAAGAAUUCUGAUCUACCAUUCAAACCGUACAAUGAAGCAGUAGUGGAUCAAACUAAACCAACUGACCAGGAGGAGAGGGAUGAAUUGUACCUUUACUCACAGGAUUUGGAAAAGGAACUCAGGAGGGAGGAGAAGGUUGAGAUGAUAAAUCUUAUUCAUGAUUUUCUGGUCGAGCUAUCUUUCUACCCAUCCAGGUAUCAGAGACCUAUCACUAAUAUGAAUGGUUUAUCAGCUAAACCUAUUUGGACCCUUGAGGAAACAGAAUACGAGGUUUAUUAA